GAAAUAAAUGUAAGCCACACCCACAAGUUGGACAGAUGCUGUCCCAACCACCAAUCCUCUGACUUCCCUUUAUCCACAACCUCUGGCAAUCCAACUCCAACCAAUGCAAUCAAAUUAAAGGUGGGGAAAUCGAAAGGAGAAAAAGAAGUGAAAUUUGAGGACAGAAUCUAUAAGAUCUCUUGGCAUAUGGCAAAAAUAAAAAGACACAGUGGAUUAAUAUAUAAUAUUCCAGAGCAACAUUAUAGCAUCAGAGUCAGCCACUCAUUAACAAAUAAGCAAAGACAAAAUCAUUUAUAGGGUUCUUUGCUUCCUUCUUCUUCUUCUUCUUCUUCUUCUUCUUGUUGGCUGAAAUGGCUACUUUGGUGAAGCUUGUUCAGCCACCAUGUCCAAAGGGUUUUACCCGCCAGCCAUGGCAGCAGCAGCAGCAGCAGCAGCAGGCCAAGUUUUGUGAGUUGCAGAGGUUCAGGCUGAUAAACCCUAUGAAAGCUGCAGCACAAAGCUCAUCUCCUUCAUCUGUGAAAGUUUCUCAAAUCAAGGAGAAUCUUUAUCAAGCACUCCAGGGGAUUAACAGAGGGAUAUUUGGGACAACAUCUGGGAAGAAGUCUGAGAUUCAGGAGCUGGUGGAGCAGCUGGAAUCCCAGAACCCAACUCCAGAUCCCACUCUCAAUCUUCACAAGGUGGAUGGAUGUUGGAAGCUUAUAUACAGCACAAUCAGCAUAAUGGGUGCAAAGAGAACAAAACUAGGGUUGAGAGAUUUCAUCACCUUGGGUGACCUCUUCCAGAUCAUUAAUGUUGCCGAGAGAGUUACAAUUACAUACAGAGAAUCAACCAUAACACCUGACCAGCUGAUGAAUGUGUUCCAGAAGAACUAUGACCUCCUUCUCAGCAUCUUCAACCCCGAGGGCUGGCUCGAGCUAACAUAUGUUGAUGAUGAGAUGAGGAUAGGAAGGGAUCAAAAGGGCAAUAUCUUUGUCUUGGAGAGAUCUGAAGAACGAAUUGAUUUGUAACACUGGUUUUGCUUAGCAAGUUGGAUCUCCAUUCAUGGCUAAUUUUCAGAAGGUUAUACAUUACAAUAGACACAUAUUACAUUGAUGUCCACUCAUUUGUAUAGAACAUUUUUGUUGUUCAAUGGAAUGGAAGCUAUUGUUGCUGAGCUCUUACUGCAUUGAUGCUUGGAAAGACUUGUAUAUUGAUUAUGUGUGAAAGAACUCCUUUGAGAAACAUUUGAGUAUUUGAGCAGCUUAUCAGUCCAAGGGUUCAUUUUGUAAGGUUAUAGAAUUUUAGAGACCAAAAUGGGACCAAGGGUUAACG